UGCUGCCAGUAACCGCUGCGGGUGGUAAUAGUAGUAGUAAAAGAUCCAGCAAAUAUCCAUCCGAUGGUUUCAGAGCGCCAGUGCGGCGGCGCCCUGUCAAGCGCGAGAUAAAAUCCGCCCCCCGCGACCGCGAUUUCCCCCACUUCGCGUUUCCUCUCUCGAUUUGUCCAAAUCUUUUGUUCCUCCUCCUCCACCAGCGAUUAGUUUGUUGUUUCCGGCAUCACUCCGCACUAGGCCGCCCGCGCUGGCCUCGUCGUAUCCUUCCCCUAUUCCGCCGCCCCUCCGCGCCCGAUAUUUAUUUCCUGCCUCAGCAUCCAUUUCCGUUGAUAGAUUUUUCCAGCUUUUGCUGCCUCGCCGUCGCUGCUAAUAUCCGCGCUGGGAUAUUUCUUCUUUUGCUCCGGAGGCCUCCGGAUCUUUCGAUCGCGGCGAGCGGUCGGCUCAAGGUAGUUCGUGAAUAGGAAGGCUGAUAGGUAGGUUAUUAGGGUUUUGGGAGUUGUUUUUGUCUCUGCUCCAAUACAUAGAUGAUGAAAUCCGGGGAGGAAGUUAGUCAGGGUCAGCAAAUGAACGAUUUUUCGGAGGAGAAAGCUGCUGGGGAAUCGGGGGAUGGUCGGAAGAUCGAGAGGAGCCCUUCUAUCAAUCUGAAUUCCUUGCCUGCAAUAGCCCCUGCCACUACGGAGAUUGGUGUCUUGCACGGCGCAGUGGAGUCAGAGGCCAACGAUGCAAGCACUCACAAGGGAGACGAGUCCAGUGGCACUGAUCAGAAGAAGGUUCUGAAGAAUGAAGAAGUUGAUGAAGCUGAAGUUCAGGCCUGUGCAGAUGUGAAGAGCGACUCGGUUGACCCUUUGAACAGCGAGAACCAUGCCGGGGAGAAGGAUGCUUUGGUAACUGUGGCAGAAAAUGAGGGGUGUGCGGAUGGUGGCGAUAAUUAUAAGGGAGUUCAAGUUCUCAGCAUUGUCAAAAAGGAUGAGUCUGAGGAAAUUGUUGAUUCUAUUAAUCCUGUGACGGUUGCGGGGUAUAGAGAGGAGAAGGGCGCCUCUGGUUCUACUUCUGCAGUUACUGCGGUGCGAGCACCUGGCUCCCGCUCAUCUUGUUUCCAUGGUGUGACCAGGCAUAGGUGGAGUGGGAAAUAUGAAGCUCAUUUGUGGGACAGUACUUGCAGAGUAGAAGGACGGAGAAGGAAAGGGAAGCAAGUUUAUUUAGGAAGUUAUGAUACUGAGCAAAAAGCUGCCAGGGCAUAUGAUGUUGCAGCUCUUAAAUUCUUUGGACUAAAUACAAAGCUGAACUUUUCGAUUUCGGAAUAUGAGAAGGAACUGGCGGACAUACAAGACAUGUCUCCAGAGGAAUGUGUGACAUACUUGAGAAGGAGGAGUAGCUGCUUCUCAAGAGGGGCGUCUAUUUACAGAGGAGUUACAAGGAGGCAGAAAGAUGGUCGAUGGCAGGCACGCAUAGGACUGAUUGCUGGAACUAGAGACAUUUACCUUGGAACUUUCAAAACUGAGGAAGAAGCCGCAGAAGCUUAUGAUAUUGCUGCCAUCGAGAUACGCGGCAAAAACGCGGUGACCAACUUUGACAGAAGCAACUACAUGGACAGGGGCAUGCAUUGUAUAGAAGGCGCAGGGUUGAAGCUGCUUGCAACCAAGCCAGAAUAGUACCUGAUUUGGUAUCGUAUAUUGAACAGAUUUGGUUGGCCGUAUUUUGGAGCCUAGUGGUACAUACAGAUAGAAGAACUGGUUGCAGCCUGUCAUUAUCUGCUGCUGUAUGAUUCGUCAGAUUAUAUAUAGUUCUUUCAGAGAGAAUUUCAGUAAUUUAGCAUGCUUUGUGUCCAGAACAAGAUUUUGACCAUGCAUUACUGUUAUAGUGUUUGUAGGCUAGAGUUGCAGUGGAAGAUGUUGCUUCAUUUCACAUGUCUAAAACGGAGAAUACAUUUUACUUCUAAGUUUUGAUGCUUGGUUUAAUGAAAUAUUCAAGUGUAUAUUCCCAUGA